AUGCAACGACUUCUUUUCCAAAUGCAUGCGAGUAGUUCAGCGCCUCAAAUCUGCCCCCUGGAAGUGAACAAGCAACACCCACACUCUGUCCCAGACUUUGUCCAGCUUCUUCAUAGCACUUGGCGCAAAGCUGAAAGUAAUCUAGCAUGAGCAGGACGUCCAUACCGUUGUAGAGCUGGAGCUGUGAACGCUUCACGAUGGCACGGUUGAAGCCCGGCAAGGUCCAGCUACCAGCGCUAGACACGGGCCCAAUACCCCUGGUGCCUAUCAGGGAGCAAGCACGCAAACAGCUCCUCGAAGUCAUUGAUUCGCGGCGCGGCAAGAAGGCGCUGAUUCUGGACCCCGCUGUCAGCGGACCGCUGGGACUGUUGGAUGCUGGCCUCACAGACCUGCUCACCGAGCAUGGCGUUGUCAAGCUGCUGUACCUGGAGCCGGGCAAGCGGUUGGAUGACGUGGCAUACAACGCCACGGAGCCCAAGCUGGCAGACACCCGCAGCGUGGUGUACCUGGUGCGCCCGACCGUAGCAAACGCCCAGGCGGUUGCGGCGCAGAUCAAGACCCGCACCAAAGCGGACGCACACGACUUCUCCGUGUGCUUUGUGCCCCGUCGCACCAUCGCAUGCGAGCGGGUGCUGGAGGAGGAGGGCGUGUUGGGCGACGUGGCCAUUGGCGAGUACUGCCUGGACAUGGUGCCCUACGACGACGACGUGCUGAGCCUGGAGCUGGACAGCGCCUUCGCCGACUGUGUGGCGGACGGCGACUCCACGCCGCUCUACUACACCGCCGCCGCCAUCACGCGGCUUCAGGCGCUGUACGGAGUCAUCCCGCGCGUGCAGGGCAAGGGCCCGGCUGCGACGGCUGUCCGCGACAUGUGCUUUCGCAUGCGGAGAGAGAGCUCGGGUCUGACGGCCGCACCGCCGCUCGCUGCCACUCUGGGCGCGGCGGGGCUGGCUGGGGCGUCUGGCCUUGGGCUUGGAGGCCGCAUCGACCGCAUGAUACUGAUUGACCGGGAGGUGGAUCUUAUCACACCCAUGAUGACUCAGAUCACGUUUGAGGGCCUCAUAGACGAGGUCACCGGUAUCAAGCACGGCACGGUGCCCUGGUUGGCCAAGGACAAACGCGGCGGCGGCGCGGCGGGCGAGAGCGCAGGCGAGGGCGCAGGCGGCGGCGGGCGCGGGCCGGCCGGGCGCACGCUGCUCAACAGCACGGACCCGUUCUACCGGGAGUUUCGCGACCUUCCCUUCCACGUGGCUAUCAUGAGGCUGGGACAGUACGUGCAGGAUGCGCGGCGCGAGUACAGCGAGCUGGGCAGCAAGGACCUCAGCGAACUCAAGAGCUUCGUCAAGGGCCUUCCCAAGCUUAACAUGCUCGACAGGUUGUCGGACGUCGCCACGCCGCCUGCAGAACGGGUCCGGGAGCAGCUCUUCCAUGACCGGCUAAACCAGGAGCAGGCCAUCGUGGAGGGCUACGAGCCGGAAGCCUCCGUCGCAUUCAUCGAGGAGCUCAUGUACCGCGGCGCCGACACUGUGGACGUGCUGCGGCUGCUGGUGUUGCUGAGUGCCGUUGGCGGCGGCCUGCCGCGGAAGCAGCUGGACGGCCUGCGGCAAGAGCUGCUGCACACGUAUGGCCACCAGCACCUGCUCACGCUCAACGUGCUGGAGAAAGCGGGCUUGCUCAAAGCCUCUCCCGGCACCAAGAGUCACUUCUCGGCCGUGCGCAAGGCGCUGCACCUCAUCGUCCCGGAGCAGGAGCCGGCGCCUGGGGCGGGCGGGGCCGACGGCGCGGGCGGCGGCGCCGAGCCCACCGACGUGUCCUACUUGUACAAGGGCUACGCGCCGCUCAGCAUCCGGCUGGUGGAGGCGGCACUCAAGACCGGCUUCGGCCCGCUGUCUGAGGCGCUGCAGCACCUGCCCGGCAGCGCCUUCGAUGUGGUGCAGGCGGUGGAUAGCAACGGCAUGCCGGUGGAAAAGCCCUACAAGCCGGCGCCGGUCUCGGCAGGCAGCGCAGCGGGCGUCGCCGGCGCCUCGGCCUCCGCCAGCGGCGCUGCGCCCGGCAGUGGCCUGAGCAGCGCGGCGUCAAGCGGCAACGUGACGGGGCUAGGGGCGGGGUCAGGGAUGGGUGGACUGGCCACUGCGGCCUCGCUGUCUGCGGGAGGUGGCGGGUUGGGGGCAGGAGGAGGCGGCGCGGGCGGCGCUCAUGGCCAGCCGGAGACAGUGCUUGUGGUGUUUAUUGGCGGCGUGACGUUUGCGGAGAUAUCGGCUCUGCGCUUUAUCAGCUCGCGGCCUGACAGCGGCUUCCGCUUCGUGGUGCUUACCACGCGCAUCGUGAACGGACGCACGCUGCUGCAGUCAUUUAUCGAUCCAGUGACACUGCAGUACAGCACGGCGGUGGCGGCGGGCGGCAGCGGUGCACAGACCUGAGCUUAGGCGGAGUGCAGGCCAGACCUGAACGUUGCGACGAGUUGGCAGGAGCGUGGGUGGCAAGACCCAGACGAUACUGACGUUCGCGGAACGGCAAGUAUGCGCUGCAAGCAGAUAGCGCAAUGGAUGUGAUCACAGCUACGGGGUGUUGGCGGAGAACCGCGCGGCAGGGUUGUUGUGUGACCUGACUGAACACUGGCUCUUCCUUUAAAGCGUCCGACCGCGUGAACAAAGGAGCCUCGCCACAUAGGCGGCCAAGGGCAGAACAGCGGGCAUCCGCUCUAGCGGGUCUGGCCUCUGGCGCCGCAACGGUUUCGGGUAGCACAAGGCAGGUGCAGUGGUGGCACCAAACUAAAUACUGGC